AUGGUGGCGGAUGCAAUCAGGUGCGCUUUUUCUUAUGAUGGGGUGGACUGGCUGGAGGGUGGAGAGGGGAAUGCAGGACCCUUGGCACAUGAGCCUGGUUGGGAUUUUUUCGUCGUCCCGGUGGCGAAAGGCCCACCUUCCUUCAUUCGAGUCCGGCGGUCUCUUCCCAUUCGGCUAGUUCGGGUGUAUGCAGAGUGGCCAAGCAGUGAGUCGGCUCUGGCCACAGUCUUGCACCCGGGUGGCAUCAAGGAGGCAGAAGUGGAGCUGCCAGAGGCUGCAAGGAAGCUCCCCAGGCUGCUAGUGGCUGUUUGUCCUCCUGCGAUGGCCGUGCAGAGCUGUAACGAGAGCGAAGCCGGUCUCCCGAGGCCCCCUGGGAGUGCCGUUACAAGCAUCAGCGCUGCGGCCGUGGCUGCCGCUGAGGCAGAGGCUCAGGCUGCGGAGCUCGAGCGGCGAGCCGCACGAAGUCGGAGGCCGUACUAUUUGUCGAAUUAUUUGCGGAAGAACGGGAGCACCUCACCGGCGUCCUCAGACUCGACAUGUUCAAGUGCCAAUCGUAUUACCGCGAGGUCUGGCACUUCCACACCGAGGGGACUAACGGCUGGUGAGAUCCUGGCCCAAUUAUAUGAGGAGGAGGUGCUGUCAGCCUUGGCAGCUGGUGAGACUUGUGGUGAUGAAGGGCUCGACUCUCUGAGCGGGAUUCGGCAAAAGAAUGCUGAGAUCGAUGCCUUGAAGAGGGAGCUUGAAAAAGAACGUGAGGCACGGCGAGCUGCUGAGGCCACUGCGAAACAAGCGGUUGGCACAGCAAACGAGCUUAAGCAAGAGUGCAGCCUUCUGCAGCAGCAGUUGCGAAGUGCAGAAAGACGGACAAUGGCGCUAGAAAUGCAGGGCCGCCAGUUGAGCACAGACCUCCAACGUGCAGCAUGCCAGACGGUUGCUAAAUCCUUGGAUGAAGUGGUAUCGGAACUCGUUGCACUGGAGCUUCGCCAACUUCGUGGUCUGACUGCAGCGGAGCGUGCCGGCGCCAAGCGCAAGCUUUUGCUGCGAUGGCAUCCCGACAAAAACUCGGGGAAUGGAGGAGGCAAUGAUCUAGCAAAGCGGGUGCUGCAAGAAUUGCAGUCACAUCCAGCUUGGGUUUGA